AUGGUGAAUGGACUCAAAGUUGAAGACAGAUUGGAUGGUGCAGCUAAUUAUACUUCAUGGAAGUUCAGAGUCCUCAUUGUGCUUGAAGAGAAUAAUAUUCUCAACUACAUGAAGUCUGUUGUAGAUGCACCUUCCGAUGAUUCUGAGAAAGCACAAUGGAGAAAGAAUAACUUCAUGGCAAGAAAGAUACUAAUUGAUUAUGUUAAGGAUCAUCUAGUACCUGUUAUAUCCAAGUUGGAUUCAACUGAAGAGAUGUUCGAGUGUCGUCAAAGUUUGUAUGAAUUCAACAGUAUUAGUAGAGCUCUAGCAUUGAGACGUCAACUCUUUCAUAUCAAAAUGGCUAGAGGUGAAUUUGUUGUUUCUUUCUUUAUGAAGAUUACAAAAUUGAAGGAUCAGCUCAAUACUAUUGGAGAUUCUAUUGAGGAUAAAGAUUUGGUUAUGCUGGCCAUGAAUGGCUUUCCUCACUCUUGGGAAUCUUUCAUUCAAGGUAUUAGUGGAAGAAAUGAGUUACCCAAGUUUGAUCGAUUGAGAGUUGAUUGCAUUCAAGGGGAAUGCAGAUUAGAGGCAAGAGGAUUUGGAUGUAAAACUCAUCAUGAAGAAGAUUAUGUUUUUGUUGCUCAUACAUCUAAAAGAAAAGGAAGGAAAAGAAACUUCAAAAGAAACAAAGAUAGGAAUUCUGAUUUAGUUCCUAAAUCUAAGAAAAAAAAAGAACUCUCUAGGGUACAAUGCUUCAGAUGUGACAAUGAUACAUGGCUUAUUGAUAGUGGAGCCUCUCGACAUAUUACAGGUUAUUGUGAGCACCUUUCUAAUAUGAAAGGAAAAGACUCUCACUUACAAGUUAUCAUUGGUGAUGAUGCUUCCUAUUCUGUGAAGGGUGUUGGUUCCACUUCAUUUCGUUUAGAUUAA